GAACGAAUCGAAUCGGAUCGAAUCCAAUAUUCAGUAGAGAUCCGAGAGAGUAUCCACAAACGCGUACGCGAUCGCGAUUAAAAUUGCUGCCUUGAUCCUCUUUUUUCUCAUUUGAUUAGUAGUGCACUUUCUUUUGCUGGUCAAAUCUCCGCGUUGCAGAAAAAAAAAGUUGUGAUCGGAAGUGCGAGUGGAUAGUGUUCCGGUUCGGUACGGGAAAUCGGUAUCAGUGUCCGUAUCGCCCUUGGAAGAAAUCCGCCCCCCGUCCGAGAGUGGUUUGACCAAACGCGGGUGACUAAUUUUUCUUUCUGUGUGAAAUUAUAUAGAGCGCGGAGGAGAAGGAAAUUUGGAGCAAGUUGCGCGUGAAGCAAGAAGACAGUGAAAAUGUUCAGUUGGUUGAAACGGGAAACGAAAACGGAGGAGGUGGUCGAGAAUGUGCUCGGGGAGCUGAAGAAAAUCUACAAGAGCAAGUUGCUUCCCUUGGAAGAGCACUACAACUUCCACGAAUUUCACUCGCCGAAGCUGGAGGAUCCGGAUUUCGAUGCAAAGCCAAUGAUCCUGCUGGUCGGUCAAUAUUCGACCGGUAAGACGACCUUCAUUCGAUAUCUGCUGGAACGUGACUUCCCGGGCAUUCGGAUUGGCCCGGAACCGACGACGGAUCGGUUCAUUGCCGUUAUGUACGACGAUAAGGAUGGCAUGAUUCCCGGCAAUGCGCUGGUCGUGGAUCCGAAGAAGCAGUUCAGACCACUGGGAAAGUAUGGAAAUGCAUUCCUGAACAGGUUCCAAUGUUCGACAGUGCCUUCGCCGGUUUUGAGAGCGAUCUCGAUUGUGGAUACUCCCGGUAUUUUGUCCGGCGAGAAGCAGCGAGUUGACCGCGGUUAUGAUUUCACUGGGGUGCUGGAGUGGUUCGCCGAACGUGUGGAUCGUAUCAUUCUGCUGUUCGAUGCACAUAAAUUGGAUAUUUCGGAUGAAUUCCGUCGUUCGAUCGAAGCCCUCCGCGGUCACGACGACAAGAUCCGGAUAGUGUUGAACAAAGCGGACAUGAUCGAUCAUCAGCAGUUGAUGCGAGUUUAUGGAGCUCUUAUGUGGUCUUUGGGCAAGGUUCUGCAAACUCCGGAGGUGGCUCGUGUCUACAUUGGUUCCUUCUGGGAUCAACCUCUUCGCUACGACGGGAACCGUCGUUUGUUUGAAGAUGAAGAACAAGAUUUGUUCCGAGACUUGCAGUCCCUCCCACGAAAUGCCGCCCUCCGGAAGCUGAACGAUCUUAUCAAGCGAGCUCGUUUGGCCAAGGUACAUGCCUUCAUUAUUGCCGAAUUGCGCAAGGAUAUGCCUUCGGUGUUCGGUAAGGAUAGCAAAAAGAAGGACCUCAUCAAAAACCUCGGCCAGGUGUACGAUCGCAUCCAGAAGGAGCAUCAAAUUUCCCCCGGUGACUUUCCCGAUAUCAAAAAGAUGCAAGAGGUGCUCGCCAAUCAGGACUUUAGCAAGUUCCACUCGCUGAAGAUUCCCCUGUUGGAAGUGGUCGACCGAAUGUUGGCUAUCGACAUCGCCCGACUGAUGGGCAUGAUUCCACAUGAGGAGAUGACCAUGGUCUCGGAACCGCUAAUCAAGGGUGGAGCCUUCGACGGAGUGGAAGAUGUAGUAUCACCAUUCGGCUACCGCAAAGGUGAAGGUAUCGACGCAGGUUGUGGCGAAGUGGACUGGAUUUGCAACCGCGACCGGGAGCGUACCGACCCGCUGUUCGAAUCACUGAACCCGAUCGACGGAAAGAUCUCUGGUGCUGCGGCUAAAUUGGAGCUGAUCAAAUCGAAACUACCGAACAAUGUGCUGAGUAAAAUCUGGAAACUGUCCGACUACGACCAGGAUGGUUUCCUCGAUAUUGAAGAGUUUGCCCUGGCGAUGCAUUUAAUCAACGUGAAAAUGGAAGGCAACGAACUACCGACUUCACUGCCAUCCCAUCUGGUGCCGCCCACGAAGCGAAACGACUAAAGUUAAGGAAACAUGUCGGUAUAAUACCUUGGUAUCGUGCAAAUACUUUUCCUCCUCCGUUUUGCCUUUAUUUUCUAUUUAUCUAGAUCGCUUUUUUUCAAUCUGCCAAAUUAAGAGCCACCCUCAGAUAAUACAUUUAUUUUGUCACUUGUAUUUGUUAGAAGAAAAAAACAUCUCCGUGAUUUUUUUUUUCAUUGUGGUCAAAUUAUACAGCGCGGGACGUUUCUUUUUUUUCUUUUCCUAUGUUACUUCCCACCUUCUAGACCAAAAAUGGCACAAUAACGUAAAUCAAUCGGUAAGGACGUCUUGAAAACCUUUUGAAGCUACCUAACACUGCUACGUUCUGCAUUUCGGAAGAAUAAGCAACACAAUUAAUUACGAUUUAUAUAAUUUAUUUAUAACGCGGAAGAGCGAAAGACAGAGAUAGAAACAGUGAUAGACAAAGGAAUAACAUCAUACGUUUCAUUUAUAUUACCUUCUUUUUGUUUUUAUUAGUAAGAAUUUUAUUCCUAGCAUCAGAUCACUAUCGCGCUGGUUCAUGGUAAAAAAAACAAGCAUAUUGUGCAACACCAGUUUUCUCUUCAUCGAAAAAAAAAAACAUUGUGAGCUAUAUUUUUAUAGGUAGUCGAAUAAAGAACAAGUUGCAAUAAUAGUAUUUCUUUGGUUGU